GCCUACUAACCAACCAUCGUUUGAUGAAUUCAGUCAGGGGACGAAGUGAGGUGUCGCUCAGUUGACCACCUAAAUACCCCCCGGCUUCCAGAGAUAGAACGGGGUUUGAUGCACUCCAUGAAAGGGCGUUGAUUUAUGCCCGAUCACGAAUGGAGUGAGAUGAAGAGCCUGGGUGACUUGAUUCUACUGUUACAGGUCCCAUCGUGAGCCAGAUCACGAACAUCGGACACUGGGCAGCAUGCGUCGCCAUGGAAGAAGCCAGGAGAGGGAAGACUUUCACCUUUACAUUUCCCCUCCACAGCAAUCCCAGAUAACAUCCUUCUCCCAUUCCAAAUCUUCAGCCUCUGGCUUCCUGUCCCUCAAACCCUCAUCCUCGAGAGAUUUAACCUCCAAAACCUUAGGUUGUAAUACUUUAAACUCCAAAGCCUCCUCCUCCUUCUCCUCCUCUUCCUCCUCCAGUGCGUUAAUAUCCUCAACCUUGACUACCAAAGAUGCCUCUGAGCGAGAAAUGAUCCACAGGCCUUGGUCUCCCUCCUCCCUCAAAGGGUCACACUCCUUCCUUCUCUUACUUCUCCUGGCUUCUUGUCCCAACUUCUCUUCCUCUACCUCAACUCGAAGGAUUAACUCUCGAUUCCUCGACCUCGACUUCAGUGACUACUCCAACUAUAAUCAGGUUUAUCGGGCUAUAGACGAAGGCAUGAGGGACCCCAGACGACUGAACGCUGCCUUCAGGAGCGUCGAUAUGGGCAGGGCUCUCAACGUUUUUGAUGUUGCUCGAGCCAUUGUCCCAGAUAAGGCCGAUAAUGAGAUAUCCCACGAUGCCCUUGUCCUCCUCAUGAACGCUCUCCUGCAGGACAAUACUAUAGACGAGGAACUAGGUAACCAUAUUGCUGGAGAGGCAGGCACCACACAUGACUACAUGGUGGCACUGACUGCCUUCCCAAGACUCAGUGGGGCUGGCACUAACACCACAGCAACCACCACCACCACCACCACAACCACCGCCAUCCCCACUACUAUGUUACCCAACAUUACCCAGACCAGAGGCCUUUUUGACUUCCUGGCUAAUCCUUUCGCUAUUCCACAGAAGUGCUGGUACAAGAGCAAUCAGUAUGACUGCGGACUCUCGGUGUCUUGCGUUUUCCAGGGCUCCAAGCCCGUCGACCUGUGCUCUGGAGGCAUGAUCUGGUCCUGCUGCGUGCCCAGGAACAAAGUCGACGCUGUCGAUGAGAAUCUGGGAGCCAUCGGCAACGACGUCAAUCACCAGCAGUUCUUCAGUGGUGGCAGCCGCCCCAGCUCCUUCAACAACAACAGACCCCAUGACAGACCUCCACACAUUGAUUCUGAUUUCGAGCACGACGAUGACACUUUUUUCCCCAACACCCACAGACCCUCGUCUAUUCUCAGACCGCACAGACCUCACGAUAGACCGUUCAGACCACCCCACAGACCUCCGCGGCCGCCUCCUUUUAUCCGACCUGAUAAUGGUAGACCUAGUCUCGACUUGGACGAGAAUUUUAGUUCUUUUAACCGGCCGCAUAAUACUUUUAACCACUUCGACUCGUUCGACAAUCGACCUCACGACUUCGCUCGACCAGGAUCGAGUCGGCCUCGACCGCCGUUUUUAUCUGCGGGUCCUCCCGAGCCUGCUGCCAGUCGUUUCGGUAUGACAAGAUAUCCAUUGUUUUUCUUCAUCUUUAUUGCACUUUAA